AGGAUCUGUGCUGCGAAAGAAAAAUCAACGGCCUGGAGCAAACACCUUAGCAAGACUAUCGUUUACGUUCUAAACUAUAAACUGCUGACAAAAUCAAUAUUGCACUUUCCGUUCCAGACCAACCGUAUCCUGGCAGUAGUCUUUGCGUGACCAGGCAAAAAAAAAAGAAAAUAAAAUAAUUAUCCAAAUGCAAUAAGAAUGACAUGAUGUCGUCCUCGCUUUUGCAUCCUUAUGGGCUGAAAACGGACGAGAUAGGCAGCAAACCUAACGAAGUGGCGGCGACAAUACACAACUCUGGGCGUUGUUCCCUACCACCACAGGAGGUGGACUCGUUGGAGUACUUCAUAAAGUUCCCGAAGCCCUCGUCUGAACACGACUUUGUACUGGCUAACGCUUAUGACAGCGAGGACAUCAACGUGCCCAUCGUAAUGCUAUUGGGAUGGGCGGGCUGCCAGGAUCGAUACCUAAUGAAAUACUCGAAAAUCUAUGAGGAUAAGGGCCUUAUAACUGUCAGAUACACGGCCCCACUAGAUACCCUGUUUUGGAAGCGAUCUGAAAUGGUUUCAAUCGGCGAGAAAAUCCUCAAACUGAUUCAGGAUAUGAAUUUUGAUGCCCACCCUCUAAUAUUUCACAUAUUCUCGAAUGGCGGAGCCUACCUUUACCAACAUAUUAAUCAAGCUGUGAUCAAGUACAAGUCCCCGCUGCAAGUGCGCGGAGUGAUUUUCGACUCGGCCCCUGGGGAGCGGAGAAUGCUCGGUUUGUAUCGCGCCAUCACAGCUAUUUAUGGACGGAAAAAACGCUGCAACUGCUUAACGGCACUGGCCAUAACCAUUACCCUUACAAUUAUGUGGUUUGUAGAGGAAUCUGUUUCCGCCUUCAAAAGUAUUUUUGUGCAGUCGACUUCGGUCCACCCCAGCCCGUUUGUCGAACUAAAGAAGGAGAACAAUAAGUUCCCACAGCUGUUCUUAUACUCCAAAAGUGACAUUGUCAUCCCAUACCGAGAUAUUGAGAAGUUUAUCCGACUCCGACGCGAGCAGGGCAUUGAGGUAUCGUCGGUAUGCUUCGAAAAUGCCGAGCACGUGAAGAUCUACACCAAGUAUCCUAAACAGUACAUCCAGACUGUGUGUAACUUUAUAAAAAAAUGUAUGGCAAUACCUGCUCUGAAAGUGGCCGGCAAUUAUGAGCCAAGUUCGAACUCAGAAAAAGUAUAUCGAUCAAACCAAAAGUACGAAUAGAAGGUCAACCCACGAGUUGAAAAGCAUAACAAAAUCACCUACGGAAAAAACAUGCAAAAUAUAUAUUUUAAACGAAUAUAAUUAUUGAAAAUUUAAAGCGCUUGAAUGUAGAAACGAAUUUGAAACUUAUUGAAAUAAAUACAUAUUACACAUUAAA